UGCAACUUCACUCCACUCACAUAUUGAUCCUCUAAUUUAUAUCAUACCACAAAAUCUUCGUACGGAUAUAUAUUUGCUGACACAUUGUCAUGGAACAUUCUGGUAAUAAUGAACCACAACCCAGAUAUGUGCCAUCCGAACUGGUCAAUUGUUCAUCAAAUGCAGAUUGCACUGUAACAUACCAUUGCUACUUGAUUGAGUUGAAGCAGGAUUAUGAGUGUAACGUAUCGGUUCAGGACAUUGUUCUUGCAAUGAGGACUCAACUUGACUCGGAAAUAAUAGCAAACACACAAUUAUUUGAGUUAUCUGCCCAAAGAGGGAACAUCUCAGUCAAUUUCAGACAAGUAGAAACCAUUGAUCUUAGCCCACAUGAGGUUCAAACUUGUAGAAGAUUUCAGACCACCCUCUUAAGGAUCCUUUUGCAUGCUGAUGUGAAUCCAAGAGAUGAGUUCUGUUUUGGAGAUAAUCCUGAAAUUGAUUAUCUUCUGCUCCCAGCCACAGCUGCAAACCAGAGACUUUCAAAUUCAGUUGUUGAUUGGAACACUAUCUCUUGUGUUCCUUUUUCAUAUGAAAGUACUUGUGACUGUAAGGAUCAUCAUGCUGAUGUUAUGACCAUAAAUGGACUAGUUUGCUAUUGUAAACUUAGGAAUUGUGUGGUCACUACCCCUCAUAAUAAUGAAAUUUACAUUAUUCAUGGUAUAACGGACUUGAAUGGAAACUCACCUCUAAAGAAUGGAGGUAAGAAAGCAAUUACAUACAAGGAUCACUUCAAAAACAAACAUAUUGAACUACGAUUUGAACAUCAACCCCUACUUGCAGGAACGAGUGUUUUUAAAGUGGGAAAUUACCUGCAGAAGAACAGACAAAAAAGGAUGAAAGAACCAAGCAUGGGAUCUUAUGAGCUGCCACCAGAACUUUGUAAUAUAAUCAUGUCACCAAUAUCAAUCAGAACCAUAUACUCAUUCACAUUUGUUCCAUCAAUCAUGCAUCGGCUCGAGUCCUUGCUCAUUGCUUUCAACUUAAAGAAGAUGCUUUCGGAUCAUUGUACGCAAAAUGAUAUCCCAAUCAUUAAGGUAUUGCAAGCAAUUACUACAAAGGAAUGUCAAGAGGUUUUUGACUAUGAUUCCUUGGAGACACUUGGAGAUUCUUUUCUCAAGUAUGCUGCUACCCAACAACUUUUUAAAACCAAACAAAAUCUUCGUGAGGGUCCUCUUACUGAAGAGAGGAAGAACAUGAUUUCGAAUGCUCAAUUGUUUAAGUUAGGGUGCAGCAGCAGGCUUCAGGGCUUCAUACGAAAAGAAACUUUGAAUCCGAAACAAUGGAUUAUACCGGGUGAUAAGUCAGAAGAUCUCUCACUUAAAGAAGUGUGUGCUUCUAGCAGAACCAGAGUGUAUGCUUGUGGAAGAAAAACAAACAUGGAGAACAAGGUUGUUGCUGAUGUUGUUGAGGCACUAAUUGGUGCCUUCCUUAGCAGUAGCACAGUAUCAAGAGGUGAAGAAGAUGCUAUGGCAUUUAUGAAUUGGAUUGGAAUUGAGGUUGAUACCAACAUUAUACCAUAUCAAAGCCACAUUAGCAUCCCCCUGGAGAAUCUUGAUAAGCUUUUAGAAUCCGAAUCCUUAUUGAACUAUACAUUCAAAGACCCUUAUCUUUUAGUAGAAGCUCUGACCCAUGGUUCUUACAAGCGCCCGGGUGUUCCAUCAUCUUAUCAGCGGCUAGAAUUUCUUGGCGAUGCGGUGUUGGACUAUUGCAUCACGCAGCAUUUUUACACGGAGUAUCCUGAUGCAUCGUCUGAAUUUUUGACAGUCAUGAGGACUAUUUCUGUGAAUAAUGAGUGUUAUGCAAUUUCAGCCAUUAAAGUUAAGUUGCAUGAACACAUACUCCACAACUCACAGGAACUAGACAAGCAAAUUGCAGACACAGUGAAUGUUGUUGAGAAGUUAAAUUUAAAAUCAACUUUUGGAUGGGAAUUGGAGACAUCUUUCCCUCAUGUAGUUGCAGAUGUUAUGGAAUCUGUAGCAGGAGCCAUUUAUGUUGAUUCAGGAUACAGUAAAGAGGCUGUGUUCAGAAGCAUAAGGCCUCUUUUGGAACCCCUGGUUACACCUGAAACGGCACGGCUUCAUCCGAUUGGGCAAUUGCAUGAACUAUGCCAAAAAGAAAACUAUAAAAGGACAAAAACCCUGGUGUCCCGCAGCAAUGGUGAAGCUUCAGUCAAAGUUGAAGUGAAGGCUAAUAAUGGGAUCACUAACAAAUUUACUGCUAAAGCUGCAAAUGAGAAGACAGCUGAAAAGUUAGCCUCCAAGGAAGUCUUACAGAAACUCCUGAAGGUUCUGAACAAAUUAUGAAUGAAUAAAAUAGUAUUGAAUGGAAGUUUGUUUUGGUGGUUAUGUGAUCAUUACUUAGUGUGAUUUAUUUGUCAUUACAAAGAACAAAUAUUAGAGUCAGAAUGAGUUAUGGAGAAUCAUGCUAUGGUUAUGCAAUUGUAUUGUUAAUGUGAGUUACAGAAGAAUGUUGUGAGAGUUGUUGAAUACAUUAAGUCUCUUAUUUUUCAUAUUAAUAAUGUAUGUAAUUUGAAUCUUAAGUUGGUUACAUUAGUCCU